AUGUCGCUACUUCCCCAUUUCUUGAAUACAAUCGGGUAUUCGUGGCCGGAUGUGACAUGUGAGGUGGAUUGCCAAGGGAAGCUCGUCCUAUUGGCCGUUAAAAGUAUCCUACUAGUCGUCGCGUUAUGGGCUUUAUACUGGCGGAGGGCCGCGGCUGAUUUGCCGAGGCUCUACUUUGCCCGAGCUGCUUUUUGUUUUGCUGUGAUGUUCAUCUUGUUCUCAUUCUGGCUCUUCUAUUCCGUUCGGAUCAUUAUGGAACGCUAUAAUAAUUAUACAUACAUCGUCUCAUUUUCCCUGGAUCUCCUCGAUGCCCUGUUAUACACGCAUUACAUUUCGCUAAUCGUACUCUACAUCCGACAGCUUCGCCCCGAGUUUGUCAUUACAGUCACUCGAGAUCCAGACGGACGGCAGAGCACGUUUACUAUUGGCAUGAUGUCGCUACAAGAAGCCGCUAUUCACGUGUUGCGACACUAUGAGUCCGAUUUUCCUACUUACAACUCGUUUUUGGACAAGUCUCGCCAAUCUGCCGUC